AUGUCAAUGACGGAUCAAUACGCGGGUAGUGGUGAUCACUCCCGGGCAAUACACCCAGAUCGCACCGAUCAAGAAGCCGAUCUCUCGCAACCCCAGGAUUUCCGUCGGGACACGGAGGGAUUGCACGAACCGAUAUCCUUCAAACCAAAACAAAAACGACAGUCCCGAUUCAGCUUAUCAAGCCUCUUCUCGAAUACCGCCGGCGGGUCGAAUACAGGGCUAGGUUUUACGGCAUCCCCAGGUGGACAGAACGGAGAUGCAUCGCCAUUAGAUGCAUAUGGACCAGGUGUACUGAAUGGAGAUUCAAAUUCAUCUAAAGAUGGUGCCCCUCUGGACUGGUAUGUAGAAGGUCCCGGUCGACGAGUCGGAUAUGAUGACUUUACCGCUAUCGAUUGGAUUUACGAGUAUACGAAAGAACGACAAAGAAAGCGGUUGAUAUACUCAAGCGGUCAAGGCUUUCUAGGUCACGCACGCCGAUUUCUGGAGGCUAGUAAUAUCUGGUUCGUCUUGGUUGCAACCGGCAUCGCCGUUGGAAUCAUCGCAGCGUCCAUCGAUAUUGCCACAAAUUGGCUUGGAGAUCUGAAAACCGGCUAUUGUAAAAGUGGCACUGGUGGUGGGAAAUUCUACUUGAAUCGAAGCUUUUGUUGCUGGGGUCUAGACGAUUGGACGCCGUGGGGAUCUGCUCUUGGCGCCUCUUCCGUUGGUGGAAAGUAUACAAUUGAGUAUACCUUUUUCAUCGUCUUUUCUGUGGUAUUCGCAUCCAUCGCAUGCAUUCUGGUGCGCAAAUUCGCCAUAUAUGCCCGCCACAGCGGCAUCCCUGAAAUCAAGACCGUGCUUGGAGGUACCGUCAUUCGACAUUUCAUGGGUCCUUGGACGCUUACUAUAAAGUCUCUUGGUUUAUGUCUUGCAGUUGCGUCUGGUUUAUGGCUUGGAAAGGAAGGCCCGCUGGUGCACGUCGCAUGCUGCUGUGCUAACAUCAUCAUGAAGCCUUUCGACAGCCUGAACGGCAAUGAAGCACGAAAGCGUGAAGUUCUCUCUGCAGCCGCUGCAGCAGGUAUUUCUGUUGCAUUUGGUGCGCCUAUCGGUGGUGUACUCUUCAGCUUGGAGCAACUAUCCUACUAUUUUCCAGAUAAGACUAUGUGGCAGAGCUUUGUCUGCGCCAUGGUCGCGGCUGUCACAUUGCAGGCCAUCAACCCAUUCCGCACUGGGAAGAUUGUGCUGUAUCAAGUCACCUACACGCGAGGGUGGCAUCGAUUCGAGAUCAUCCCGUUUAUCAUUCUUGGUAUCAUAGGCGGUCUAUAUGGAGCCUUCUUUAUCCGCGUGAACACCAAAAUCGCCCAAUGGCGACGAUCUCGGGGCUGGUCACGACCGCUAUUGGAAGUAGCCGCAAUAGCACUGCUAACGGCCUUGAUCAAUUUUCCGAACCAUUUCAUGAGAGCGCAAAAUUCAGAGCUUGUUCAAGCAUUGUUUGCGGAAUGCAGUAGCGAGACAACCGAUCGCUUUGGCCUCUGCGUUUCAGGGCCUGCAUCUUUAGCCAUCGUUGCUAUGCUACUGGUGGGGGCUGCUUUAGCAUUUUUGCUUGCCUCUUUGACCUUUGGACUCGAUAUCCCAGCUGGUAUCAUUCUUCCGUCUGUUGCUAUUGGGGCUCUUUACGGGCGUGCUUUGGGCAUGCUUGUCAGAAUGUGGCAAGAAGCGUACCCCAAAGCUUUCCUUUUUGCCAAGUGUGAGCCCGACAUCCCCUGCGUGACUCCCGGUCUGUACGCUAUCAUUGGCGCGGCCUCUGCUCUCGGAGGUGCAACUCGAAUGACUCUCUCAAUUGUUGUCAUUAUGUUCGAGUUGACCGGCGCGCUUACUUAUGUGAUUCCAAUCAUGAUUGCUGUUAUGCUGUCAAAGUGGUGUGGUGAUAUCUUCGGCAAGCGUGGUAUCUACGAGUCAUGGAUUCAGCUCAAUGAAUACCCUUUCCUGGAUCAUAGAGAUGACACGAAUCCCCCGGAUGUUUCAGCUCAUCGGGUAAUGACAACUGUCGAUGAUAUCUCUGUGAUCACUGCUACCGGUCAUACUAUUAGCUCACUGCGCAGUCUUAUUUCUAACACAAGCUACCGUGGCUUUCCGGUCAUUACUGAAACUUCAAAGCCUGUGCUGCUAGGUUAUAUCACCCGCAAUGAGCUAUCCUUUGCGCUGAAGUAUUCAACUUCGCCUACAAACCGCAACCUUGCCGAUGAGACUCAGGUCUUCUUCGUUCACCAGCCCUUUGCCGACCCCGUGGAUACCUUAGAUCUCCGGCCUUGGAUGGAUCAAACCCCAAUCACACUCAACAGCAACAUUACUUUUUUGAUCGUCUUACGAAUGUUCCAGCGUCUUGGCUUACGUUAUGUUCUUUUUUCCAAUAAGGGCAUCCUGCAAGGUCUGUUGACGAAGAAAGAUGUGUGGGCAGUACUCAAUGGCGUGGAGUUCCGUCGACAAGAGGCCCUCCGUGAGGAUGGAUUCAAUGACGCUCACGGUGCUGAAGAGGUUGGAUUGCUGCAUGCUGAAAGAAGGAGCAGCCUUGGCAAGGAAGCAUCCGAUGACAAGAUGAUGGUUGAUCCUUUUGAAGUGCGUAUGCGCUUCACAACCCAAUUGCAACGCCUAAGCGCAACUGUCGCGUCCUCUCAAAAAGCGGCCCACUAUGCGCUUAAAUACCGUGAGCUUGACGAGGACCUCCACUCUUGUAUUCUGGAACAGCUUGAAAAGAAUAACAUGAACACCCGAGCCAACAUCAUGUCCUUCAUCGAACACUUUUGCGAAAUGGCAAUGAAAGAAGGUCACAUUCCUUACGUUCGAAUGAUGCAACGCGACAUCCUCCGUGUUGUUGAUGCGGUUGUUCCCGCUGACGGCACCGGUGCGGCCAAUGUGAAACACGUCCGACGAGUGCUCAGCAGCCUUCAAGCCAAGCAGAUUCUUUCCGCUGAGUCUGUGGCCGAGAUUGAUGCGGCCCUCAAAGACCGUGAUACCCACCCUGAACACCUUGAUCUGGAGCAGGAUGAAGCACAAGAUGACAGCGCCCGGUCUAAGACGGGAACACCUCGUACUACCAAGACUCACGUGCGUUUCGACAAGCGACAGAUCGAGCAGCGAAUUGAAGAAGACCGCGAACGGAACAAACGUCUGAGAGAAAGCAUGUGGGCCGUUAGUGGAGAUGAUGAUGAAGAGGCCCAGCAGCUCUACGAUGAGUGUAGCGACAUUGGCGAGGAUGAUUACAUCAACGCCCGUGAAGAAGCAGAGGAACGCCGGCAAUGCGGAGAGGAUGCCAUGAGACAAAAUAAGCAAAACUACGCCUAG